AUUAGAUCUGAGUUUUGUUUUCAAUUAACCUUCUGAUUAAUUUCUCAAUUAAGUCUUUAUUUAAUAAAAAUUAAGACAUUGUUUAAUCUACAACAUUGAAUUUACUCUCAUUGACAAAGAUUAGAGAGAAACUGGAGAAUCUCAAGUCGUUUUAAGAUGAAUUUAUUAUCUUUUAAAAGUUGUUUACUAACUUCAGUCAAAAGAUAAUUUCAGCUUCUGAAUAUGUGAUAUUUAAAUAUGUUUAAUACAUCAAUUUACAUGUAAAGCAUUAAAAUAUUUUAGGUUUUAAGUGGAGUUAUGUUUUCUUUUAUCCUGACAUCACAAUAUUCUUGUGUCAGAAGUUUUCAGUCACUCAUUCAAACUUCUGAGUCUUGGAUCAUGUGACUGACAGGACGUCACCUGAUUGGACCGAGCUCUGAUCGAUUCAAAAGAGGCUUCAUUGAUUUUCCUUGGGAGUCGUAAUCUCUAAAAUAAACUAAUUGAAUAUAUAUAAAUAAAAUUUUGAAAUUUCGACAGUAUGUUUUGAUGAAUCCAUAAAUGUCACAGUUAUAAAAUGUUAUUCCUUUGGUCUUCUUUUGCUUCCAUAUACAUUCGUUGACAGAUGUGAAUAGUAAUCCAAAAAGAAGAAGACUUCCUGUCCUGGACUUUAUGAAUGAAGUGUAAACAUAAUAACAAUCACACAAUAAGUCAGAUUUCCUCCAGCUUGUUCUCUUCCAUGUCUGAUCUAGUCCUCCUCUUUGUUCCUUUGUUCUUUCCUCUUUGUUCUUCGAUCUAGAACCUUCUGAUUGUGUUUCUCUUGUUGAACAGUGAGAUGUUGAUAUUAUCUUCAUGUUUCUUUGCCCUGCUUCUCUGCUCUGAAGUAAUUUGUUAACGAGUACACACAAUGAAAGUGAGCUUGCUUUCACAUGCAACUUUUGGCCAUUGUUAUAAUAUGAUAAAAAUUGCCAUGUAACGAUUGGCACAUAUUGAUAAUGAGUUAAUUGACUUCAGUGUCCAAAGCUUAGUUUUAUAAACACACAGAAAAGUCACUGAUGGUCCUGUCGUGUCCCUCACUGGCUUUUCUUGAUAUGAUAUGAUAUUAAAGUUCCUGUCUUACAUUUGAUCAGGAUGGAGAUAUAUAUAUAUAUAUAUACGUUUCAUAAAGUGACUUUAUAGAAAGGUUCCUAAUUUGAUUCAGUUUCUAUCUCCACUUCCCCUCUUUCCUGAUUGACUGAUUUCCCAUUUUUCAAUUUUAAUCAGGUCUUUUUUAAUGUUUUAAAAUGUAGGUCAGUCCUACGAAAUCCGUAUGCUUAACAGAAAACUAGUGGAGUAUACAGAUAUAAGCAGCAAAUAUGUAAAGAGCAUCAUGCGCGUGGUGUUCCAUGACCGGCGGCUGCAGUACAUGGAGCACCAGCAGCUGGAGGGCUGGAGGUGGAACAGGCCCGGGGACCGGAUCCUGGAUCUGGAUAUCCCUCUGUCAGUGGGGAUACUGGAGCCUCGCUCUCACGCUCUGCACCUCAACACCAUCGAGUUCCUGUGGGACCCGGUGAAGAACGCCUCGGUGUUCAUCCAGGUCAACUGCAUCAGCACCGAGUUCACGCCCAGGAAGCAUGGCGGGGAGAAGGGGGUUCCCUUCCGCAUCCAGGUGGACACGUUCACCACCAACGAGCACGGGGAGUACAUGGAGCACGUCCACUCGUCCAGCUGUCAGAUCAAAGUCUUCAAGCCCAAAGGAGCCGAUCGCAAGCUGAAGACGGACAAGGAGAAGAUCGAGAAGAAGACGCUUCAGGACAGAGACAAGUACCAGGCGUCCCACGAGACCACCGUGCUGAAAGAGUGCUCCCCCUGGCCCGACGCCCUGAACCUCACCACCCACAGCAGCUGCAGCACCCCCUCACCUGUUUACCACAGCUCCCCCACCUCCUGCAGUGUGCCAGACGGCAGCUGCUCUCCAAACCAGCAGGGGGAGCUGCUCCUGUCCAGCUGCUCUGAUCACCUCCUGCCCUCGUCCUCGCCCCAGGACACUCAGGACUGGCUGCACCGCCACCGGUUCUCCUCGUUCUCCAGGCUCUUCACCAGCUUCUUAGGUGUAGAUCUUCUGAGUUUGAGCAGGGAGGACCUGAUCCAGAUAUGUGGCCCAGCAGAUGGAAUCCGCCUCUUCAACACCAUGAAGGGAAGGUGCAUCCAGCCCCGCCUCACCAUCUACGUGUGCCAGCAGCAGCAGGCCCGGAAUCAACCUCCCAUCAAGCCCGGGGGCGGAGACAUCUACCACGCUCUGUACCUGGAGGAGCUGACCCUGCUGGACCUGUGUGAGAAGGUGGCCAUGCUGUACAGCAUCACUCCCCAGCAGAUCACACACAUCUACAGGCAGAAGCCCACUGGGAUCCACAUCCUGGUCUCUGACGAGAUGGUGCAGAACUUCGGGGAGGAGACGAGCUUCGUCAUCAGCACUAUAAGAGAUGAAAACACUGACGGCUUCCAGAUUGUGUUGAAAUGACCAGCAGGGGGACGCAGGAGGAGGUUCCAUCCCAGCGAUUGUACAGAUUGUAAAUAAAUCCUUCUAGAAUAAAAGAUCAUAUAUUUACAGUAAAGUAAAAAAAAAGGCUGUGAAGCCCGUAGUUUACUGUUGAUUGUGUGUUUCUAUUCAGCUGUCUUUAAUUUCCUUGUUUUAUUUGUACAUUUGUCAAGUUACUGAUUCAUGUUUAAUAUGCUUGCAAUUCAUGGUAAAGCUUAACAUGUGCUCACAUUCCAUAAGCGUCUAUUAAUGCAAGUGAAUGACUUUCAUGAAAUAAAGCAAAGUGUCACACAUCAUCA